AUGGACGUGCUCCAGAAGGACCUGCAAAAGCAGGUCAGCCCGGAAUAUCUUCAGUGCCAGGUGGAAGUGGGCACGCGUGUCUGCGGGACCGCCGGCGAGGCGCGCGACGACCUGCGCCGCCUGCGCAGCACGGUGGCGCGGCGGGCGGCCGAGUUCAAUCGGGUGCCGAUUGCGGUCUCCUGCCAUCCCUCUGCGGAGUGGAACAAGCAGCACCACACGGACAAGGAGCGCUACAACGAUCUGCGCGUCGAGAUGGCGGCGAUGGCCCGCCGGCUGCUGAUCUGCGGCAUGCAUGUGCAUGUGGGCAUCGACGACGAUGCGCUGCGCGUCGAUCUGAUGGCGCAGCUUUGCUAUUUCCUGCCGCACCUUCUUGCGCUGUCGACCUCGUCGCCCUUCUGGCAGGGGCAGGAUACGGGCCUUGCCUCCUACCGGCUCGGGGUCUUCGACAAUCUGCCGCGCACCGGCCUGCCGCCGCAUUUCGGCAGUUUCGGCGAAUAUGAGCGCACCACCGGCGUUCUGAUCAAGGCGGGCCUGAUCGAGGACACAUCGAAGGUCUGGUGGGAUCUGCGGCCCUCAUGCCGUUUUCCCACGUUGGAAACGCGCAUUUGCGACAUGUCGCCAAGGCUUGACCACACGAUCGCGAUCGCAGCGCUCGUGCAGGCGAUCACGCGCAUGCUUUGGCGGCUGCGCCAGCAGAACAUGCGCUGGCGGGUCUAUGACCGGUUCCUGAUCAGCGAAAACCGCUGGCGGGCGCAGCGUUACGGCAUCACCGAAGGGCUGAUCGACUAUGGCAAGGGCGAGGUUGUGCCCUGCGCACAAUUGCUCGACGAGCUGAUCGACCUGGUCACGCCGGACCUGGCCGUGCUCGGCACGAUGCGGCAGAUGGACGUGUUGCGCGACAUCAUGCUGACCGGCACCAGCGCGACGCGGCAGCGGGCGGUGCGCUCAGAGGUCGGUUCGGACGAUCCCGAUACGAUCACGCGCGCUGUCGUCACCCAUCUGAUCGAGGAAUUCCACGCGGACUUGUGA